UCAGUGCCUAAGUGUGUACAAACAUAGCAAUGUCUCCCAAACCUGUCUUUUUAGAUGUAGAUUCAUCAGUCGUCGAAAACAAGUUGCGCAUUACUGAACAAAACCAAGCGAACAGUUUCGAUAAACUAUUUAGUGCACCUCCUCCAACGCCAGUAAUUCCCGAACCAGGAUUUUGUGUUAAAACUAGGGAAACCACCACAAGUACUAAACUGUUUAUCAACAUUUGCUACACAGAUGCGAUUCCUCCACCGAACGACAUAUCCGAGGAGGAGCUAAUGCUGAUAUGUAAAUCGGAAGAGAUCUCUUCCUUUAAAAUUCCGAUGAGCAUAGGAGAUAUCAUUUCCGAAAAAGAUAAAAACGGAGACGACGUGAAAACUACCGACGUCGCUGUUCACUCGACUUUCUUCAAGAAAAUCCAGGACAGCGCCGUAUUUAGAGUUGUUGCAUUUGAAGGAAUUAAAUCCAAGCAUAGUAUCUCCACUACUGAGGAUCGCAUUAUUCUGAAGAAUCGGAAAGCUUUCGGCCAACUACAAGUGCACCGUAUUCGCCACAGUAAUGAAUACAGUGACAACAACAGUGAAGCAAAAGUUAAAAAUUAUCUGGAUGCCUUAAAGGAGAAUGAAGGAAGUAGGAAACCAAAAAUUGAAACAAUAUCCACCCAACAUUAUGGACAAAGUGAUUUGAAGAACCCAGAAUAUCGUCUAUUCCGAAAAAUUAAUGAGCCUAGCGUUCUUUAUAGUGAGAUUAAACUUUUAAAGGUAAAGGACUCCAGUGAAAUAAAUUUAAAUGUUGGCGAAGACAGAAUCAUACUGGGGUCGAACGGUGUAGAUUAUUUUUUAGACGUUUUUGUGCCUUUUAGUAUAGACCCAGAUUGUGUAACGGCAUCAUUUGACAAAAAUUCAAAAAUUUUAAAAAUUUCAAUGCCAUUAAUCAUUUAAAUAUUAUAAUCGUUUGUGCAUGUUCAAUUAUUUUUGCUACAC